AGUCAUUGACAUUUGGAUGAAGUCCAAUAGGACGAACAAGAUCAGAUUAGAUUACUUAUUUAUAUUAUUUGCACACGGUCAAUAGCUACAUAUUAGUUACGCCAAACACGAUCUGUUUAUAUUUGUUAUAAAAAAGCUUAAAGAAGGUCCAAAGAUUUAAUUUAAGAAAGAAAAUAAGUAUUAGUACCUUCACUUGCAGAUUGGAAAUGGCUGCCGCGGUGAGAGGGUUUCUCCGCACAGGAGCUCCAAGGUUGAAUUGUGUCAGAACAAACUACACAUCAACAAGGCCCAACCUCAAAUUGACUUCAUCCACUAAAGUCAUUUGCCAGGGAUUUACUGGAAAACAAGGAACAUUCCAUAGCCAGCAAGCUAUUGAUUAUGGGACAAACCUUGUUGGAGGUGUUUCCCCUGGUAAAGGUGGAAAAACCCAUCUAAACCUGCCUGUUUUCAACUCAGUGCAAGAGGCGAAAUCUGCUACAGGAGCAGAUGCGACAGUUAUUUAUGUUCCUCCGCCAGGAGCUGCUAAGGCAAUUCUAGAAGCAAUUGAUGCAGAAAUACCACUUAUUGUAUGUAUUACUGAAGGCAUACCUCAGCAGGAUAUGGUAAAAGUUAAGCAUAGGCUUCUGGCACAAGAUAAGUCUCGACUUGUUGGUCCUAACUGCCCAGGCAUAAUUGCUCCAGAACAAUUUCAGGGAGAUCAAGCAAAGCCUGUUGUCUCUUUCAUUGCUGGUCUAACUGCCCCACCAGGGCGAAGAAUGGGCCAUGCUGGUGCUAUUAUUUCUGGUGGGAAAGGAGGGGCUCAGGAUAAAAUUAAUGCCCUUCAAAAGGCUGGAGUGGUGGUGACAAAGAGCCCAGCCCAAAUGGGAAAUGAACUCAUGAAGGAAAUGAGGAAACGUGGCUUAGCUUGAGAAUGUUAUUCAACCUUUUACUAAUUAAUAUUGCAGAGCUUUAUUGAAGUGAAUGUGUAUAUACACUUUUUCUCCCCUAUAAAAUAUUUAUAUGUGAAAAGACAUAGAUGCAUCGAUUUUUAUGUGUGAAAUGUACUGAUAAAUACGAAUGAGUCUUGAGAUACAUCGUGAAUAUUUCAUGUUUUCUUGGAAUUAGUGUGAGAUAUGUUGUACAGCUUUUGCUGUCCUUUUUGUUAUUCCUCUGUAAGUACUUGUUGAAGACUGUGUACAGGUGUUGAAAAUAUGUUUUUGUCUAUAUUAUGAGAAUAAACCAGGACCAUUGUAUUUUA